GCAGCAGCAGCAGCUUCGGCCGCCGCGGAGGGUGCAUCCGUAUGGGCUCCGGCGUGCGCUAGUGUUGGCGAUGGUAGUUGACCGACGGCAACGACGCGGAGCGGAUAUUAUACGCAAUACUUUAUUUAUAUUAUUUCAUCGCGCGGCGUCGUUCGCAUCCCCGUGUCCCGCACCUCGCCACCCGGCGACGUGUCAGCGUCUGGCGCGAGUAACCGUCGUCGUCGUGCGACGACACUGCAUCGGCACCGUACACCGUAUAUCGUCGUGCCCAUUCGACCGUCGUCCCGUUCAUUCAUUACGCGUCCCGUCGCACCGCCGUCGGACACACACACGUCCGCGGCACGCUUUAUACUCGCCACGGCGGUCAUGGGAUCGCCGGACACCGGUCUAACCGCCAAAUGCUGCAGCACCACGACGUCCGCUCGUCGUCGCCGUGCCGUUCGUCGGCGUCGCGGUCACUGCCCGGCGACUCGGGACUGUAGUGAUGCAAGUCACACCACACUCGCUUGAGUAUAUAAUAUAGUAUCCGCUGUCCGUACGAUAUCGUAUAUAUAUAAUACGAUAACGCGGAUCGCUGUUAUCGCCACUGUUCGUCUAGCGGUCGAAGACGAAAGAUCGCGUUUUACGUCUCUACUGUACGUCUCGGCGCGAUGAACGCCGUCGUAUCACGUCCACUGCUGCCGCGCGGACCGGUUUACGGCGGUCACUGUGUCUGAGUGGGUAUACUACGACACGACCAUCGGCCAUCAUAUACACGCCGGUGACAGCCGUCGAGUGGACGAGACCGUCGGCGUGCGUUUCGUAGUUCGAUGCCAAGUGCACUGUUCUAAGAUACAUCGUUCUGUAGUUUAAAAAAUAAUAAUCGGAGACCGUGGAAACGCCGUAGUCGUCAAAAUAGAUGGCUAUCACAAUGUCUUUGGAGCCCGCAACGGUCAGUGAACGACGCUUAAAGAGCAACCAAGUGGCCAGGAUGGUACGGAAGAGUCACGAUGACUACCACAGAAGUUGUGGAACCAGCCCAUUUGUAGGCGAUGAUAGCGAUCAUUACAACUACUGUCAACGGGAUGUUGACGGUGUCGAUCAGACGUCAGCCGUAUUAGAAGAAAUGAGACCGCCGGUCCAACGUGACAACAUCGGCGGCGGUGGCGUCCACCAUCGGGUGACGUGCAACAACGGCGAAAAGCCAAGAAACGUUGAAGUGCCCGUAGAUUGGGUGAAACCUCGGGUGACCGGAGACCCAAACAUCGGCGACGCAGACGGUUACCAUCCGGUCCGCCGACGACUUGUCGUGGACUGCGAACGCGAUGAGAUCGUGACUGUUGCGUCCGCAGCAGCGGACGACGUAUCACCCGAAGACCAACGGCGACGGCUGGACGACUGCAAACAGCAGUGGUUCGGCAAUUGUUGGCGACCGAAAUCGUCGUUUGCGGUUACCGACAUCCAUCAGCAUCACCAUCGCCGAGUGCACCGACACCACCGUCACCAUCACCAUCACACGCACCAUUUGCACAUGUGGACGAGCAGUUGCUGCUGGUGGCUGUUGGUGUUCUACGCGGUGGUCGUGGUUGUCGCGUCGUUCGCCCGAGCCGCGCAUUCCGCCAAAGACGUUCCAGUAUACCACGUAAGAGCAGUUGCGGGGCAGCAAGCUCGUUUACCUUGUGAUAUAUCAUUGGUAUCCGACGAAGAAGAUGAUUUAUCAGAUCCAGGAGCUGAUUCACCGCCCCUUGAUGGUGAGAGCUCCCUUGCAUCUGGUGCAAAUUUACGCGAUGCAGUACUACUGGUCUUAUGGUACCGUGAUGACCUGGGCACACCGAUUUACAGCGUGGAUGCCAGAUCUACUUCUCAUCAGCCGUAUGACUCCACGUCAUAUCAUUUGAUGACCACGGGUGCAGAAAGAUGGUCUGACCAACGAGUGUUUGGCGACCGAGCACAUUUUCAUGUUAACGCAGGCACAACAGAAGAAGAAGUGAAAUCAAAAAUAAAUAAUCAAAAAAAAUCAACUGUGUCAACAUAUUACUCAUCAGAAUUACGAAUUGACCGGGUCAGUGUAAAAGAUGCGAUUCACCUUUACCGUUGCCGAGUUGAUUUCAGAUUAGCUCAAACCCGCAAUUCUAAAGUGAAUCUAACUGUGAUUGUGCCACCGGAUCGCAUGGAAAUUAUGGACUUGGCCACGGGUCGACAGCUACUGCGACGACAAGAUGGCGAUAGCGUUAAUAGCAAAAAUGAUCGAGGGUCAGAGGCAUCUACCACGACUACAACGACGGUCGUAGGGCCUUAUGUCGAGGGAUCGGACGUGCGUGUUCGCUGCCGAGUAUAUGGAGGAAAACCAAGACCUCGUGUAGCAUGGUUUCGAGAUAAUCGGUUAUUAAAACCAGAAUCGGAUGAUCCUGAUAAUAUCAACGGUGCUCAACAACAAGACGUCACUGCUAUUGAUGGUUACGCGACAGCAACUGUUACUUCAAGCUCGUCCACUUCUACCGGAGGUGACAACUCGGAAGGAAUUUUAGAAGUAGAUUUGACUCUGACAGGAUUAACACGAAGUGAUUUGCACACCGAACUCACUUGUCGAGUGUGGAAUUAUUUUUACGACGACGAGGAGUAUUCAAUUAUUGUUACCAAUAGUGGUUCCAGUAACAUUGAUACUAAUAUUGAAAAAGAAAACAUGAGCGGAGAAGUUGAUCCCAGUCGUUGGACCCUGAGACAACGUCAGUCUUCGCUGACAGCCGUCGUUCAUGUAGAUAUGAAUUUUCCGCCGUUAACCGUUCAAAUCCUUCCGAUCGCAGAAAAUGGCCACUUAAGUGGUAUUGACAACGAUUUACAGCCACCUCCGUUCACACAGUCUUCGGCGAAAAUGACACCAUUAACGUUACCCGAAGAUGAUGAUCGUUUGUCAGUGCACAGCAGCAAUAUUCAAGAACAACGUCAACUGCAACCACUAACGGCUGGGAGGAAAUACGAGUUACCGUGUCGUGCUUAUGGGUCUCGACCGCCGGCAAAGCUAACAUGGUGGAUGGACGGUCGGCGAUUAGAUACUACUCGAGAGACGACUUCAACCGACGGAAACUCGACAACAAGUGUAUUGACAUUUGUUCCUGUUAAGCCAACGACCAAAUCACGUUAUCGAGAACCCGGAGAAGCUGACGAACAUAGAACGACUGACUAUGACGGCAGGUUAACUUGUAGAGCCGAAAACCCACAGCACCAACUGUCGACGUCCCAGCGAAAGCACACAAUAGCGGCUGGUAGUGAUUCGUCUGAUGAUGCUGGAACGCCUUUCAUACAAAGCACAUGGUUGUUACGGAUACAAUAUGUUCCUGAAACUCAAAUCACAUUGGGUACAAACUUACGAGCAGAUGACAUUCGUGAAGGUACAGACGUUUAUUUCGAUUGUACGGUGGAUGCUGUGCCACCUGCGUACAAAGUCCAAUGGAAACGAGAUGGCGUUGAACUUCAUCACAAUGCUGGCGGAAGUGGUUUGAUGACAGGAAGUGGAUCAACUACAACAAUUAUUAUCAGUAAUCAGUCAUUAGUGUUACAAGGAGUCAGUCGCCGUGAAUCGGGUCAUUAUACAUGUGGUGCUGAAAACGCCGAAGGUCCCGGACCUCAUAGCAAAUCCAUUCAUCUCGAUGUUCUCUACGCUCCGACGUGUACACCAAGUAAUAGUGCUGGGAAAGCUGUUCAACGAGUGGUUUAUGGUGUAGCAAAAAAAGAAACCGUAACGAUUGCUUGCCAUGUACAAGCUAAUCCUCCACCAACAGAAUAUCGUUGGUCAUUUAACAAUACAAUUUCUUCAAUUGCUACUGGUGGUGGAGCUGGAUCAACUUCGACGGGAUCCUUAAUCAAACAACGGUUCAGUAGUAUUGGAAAUUUAGCUGGUUCUUCUUUAAAUUCAUCCAGAGUAUUAACUUAUGCUCCAAGAACAGAUUUUGACUACGGAACGGUUGAAUGUUGGGCUCGAAAUCGAGUGGGUAUGCAAGCACAUCCUUGCGUCUAUCACGUUAUUGCUGCAGGUCGACCAGAUCGUGUAACUAAUUGUACAGUAGUAAACUCUAGAGCUGCCAUGAAUCUAAAUGGUACAAGAAGAUUAAGAAGUUCUAAAAACUCAGGAUCUCACAUUUUUAUUAGAUGCACCGAAGGAUAUGAUGGUGGCUUACCUCAGCGUUUAUGGGCCGAAAUUAGAGAGGAUUCUAAAGUCCAACAUUCAGACUUAGGUGGCGAUGAUUUGGGUGGUGAUUUAGUACUUAAUAUAACAGGUAUUGAUGAACAAGACCAACCAGGUUACUCAGAUUUAAAUUCAGAUGAAAAUAAAAGAUCAGAAAAUGCAGCUUCUCCGCCAGUAAAAGUAUUUGUAGCAAGAGGAUUGAAACUAGGGGCUGUUUAUAGAGUCGAUGUGAUGGCUAGUAAUGCCAAAGGAAGGUCAGAACCAUUAACAUUAAUGGUAUCAAUACCAAUGGGGAUGACGACAGUUGAUUCUAAUGAACAAAAUCAGAAUGGAAUUUCAAAUACAAUGACCACAAUUGAAGGUCAAGAUCCUGACAGAGCCCGAAAUUUACUAUUGGAACAACAACGAGAACAAGAACGUGAUCGAAGGCUGCAAGAGAAUGGCGGCGGGGUGGGCGAUUUUCGGAUGACGCGCGCUAUGGCUAUUGUGCUGCUCGUUGCCGGGUCGUUGGUGGUGGUUGCUUGCGGCGCCGCCACGUUCCUGCGGUACCGGCGGGACGACGACGACGGCGACGACAACGACGAAGACGACCGGGACAACGGCCGCGGACCGGAACGGACUAUAGUGGACGCGAGUACGGUUUGCAUUGCUGGACCCGGCAACAAGCCGGACGGACCGGUGCACUGUCAGCCGGCCAAUGUGGACGGUUGCGCGGUGCCGCCGAAUGGCGCGAUGCCGAAUAACAACAACGGCGGUGCGAACUUCGGCAACGGCAACAGCAACGGCGGCAAGAACAUGAACGCUACCGACAACGGCAAGGAGUUCCACUGCGGCAACGUGGUCGGCGGCCGAGUGGUCGGCGGUCUGCAGAGGAUCUGCAGCAACACGAUAGGCAGGAGCACGCCGAUCGGCGCCUCUUGCACGGACGGCGGUGGAUCGCAGCAGGACGUGAUCUCCGGAGCGCCGAUCGCGCUCGUGCCACCUUCGCGCGUGUCCCCGACAACCCUUUUGCGUGGCACGCCGUCCUCCAACAACGCGCAUCAGUCGUCGUACGGCGCGACGUGCAAGCCAUCGUUGCAGCAAAAGAUGUCACUGUCGGGCUCGGCCGCCAACGACCAACCAGGACCGGGGCGAAUACCACAGUCGUACCACAGCAAGAACCCGGACAUCAUUCCGGCGCCACUCAUGUCGCCCGGCAACGUAUACAAUAACUACAACAGUGAUCUUGGUGACCCGGUUGACUCCAUGACUCUCAUCAUGGCUUCAUCCACGUCUUCAUCCCCGAUACACAACCACCGUCAACAGCAGGUCCAUCAGCACAACCGUUACAACAACCCCGCAGGACAAUACCACUCGGGCGUCAUGACGCUCCGUCGGCCCGUCGUUAUCAAUACGCAAUAUUAUGGUGGAGGCGGUGGCGGCGGCAAUCUGCAGAGAAAUAACCAACAACCACCCGAUCAGCCGAUCGUCAUGGUCAAAGGUGGCGUUUCGGCGGGAGCCGUCAAUUAUCCGACGACGACGUCUUCGGCCGCGGCUUACUGCACCCUACCGCGGUCCUCUUACCACCACCACCACCAACACCACCAAAAUCACAAUCUGCACAACCACCCACACCACCAUCAACAACAGCAACACUGGCAUCAGCAGCAGCAACAGCAACAGCAACAACAGCAGCAGCACCAACUUCCCGCCGACUUGGAAGUGGACGUGGUCGAACCGCCACCGCCGCCCUGGCCGCCGCAUAAUCUUGCGGGCGCUUAUCCGGCGACGGUGAUUGUCGUCCCGUCACCGCCGUUGCCCUCGCCGCCCGUACAGCAGUCCACGCCGACGGCCGCGGUCAUCGUUCCCGCACCGGACAAGCUUCAAACGGUCAACAAACGCGAGAGCGCAGUAUGACUACGACGGAGCACAGACGUUUGAACGAUAUAUUUAUAAAGUAUAAAAUUAUUAUAUAUAAUUAUUAUUUUACUGUUAUCGGAUAGAAAAUAGUUGUAAGUAAUAUAAUUCAAUUUCGUUUAAUUUGUUUGUAUUACUUUUUAUCAUUAUAAUUUCGUUUUCAUUAUUGUUGAGAUUUUUAUUUCAAGACUUGUAAAUUAUUAUUAUUAUUAUUAUCGAUUAUUUAUACGACUUCUUGUACCAUACUAUACCUGACGUGUGUAAAACCCCACACGUAUAUAUUAUAUAUACGCGCACCCACAAUUCACAACAAUUUCCAUGCCCACACUGAUACACAUACGUUGUUCACUUGUUCGCACCAAAUUUAUAAUUUAACCCUCCCCCCUCUCCCACAUUCCCAUUCGGAAAAGCUAACUCUCGCGGUAAGCAGAACAUGUUUUUUUAUAUAAUAUAAUAAAUGAAUAUAAAAUACAGUCGUAUACUAUAAAUAGUAGUAAUAAUGAAAUAAUAAAUUGUUAUUACUAUUAUUAUUACUAUAAACAAUUAUUAUUGAUAUUUAAUUACAAAAAAAAAGAUUUUUAUUAAUACAAUUGUAUUCACAAUAUGUUCGUUAAUUUUUUAAUUCUGUACAAAUACCAUUUUAAAAAAAACUAAAAAAUAUUAUUAUUGCAUUGUAUUUAUAUAUAAUAUGUAAUAAAGUUUCAUUAUUUCAAAUGUUUACAAAAAAAGUACUUUCAUAUUAUAAUAUUAUAGAAAUUAUAAUAACUUAUAAGUUUUAAUAUAAUAUUUAAUUUAUGUCAAUAAUGCCGUUAUGCCAUUUGAGUAGAUGAUGGUAUAUACUAUAUAUGGUAGCAUGUGGCAGUUUGGGCUGUGAUGAGGUAAGUGAGGGCGGCGCCUCACCUAAGAAUAUACUAACUUGAUAAUUAGUUUUAAUAUAAAUUGUUUUAUUAUUAUAUUAUUAAAAGUUGAAAAUAAUAUUUUAGUACCUAAGUCAAAUACAAUUUUAGCAUCAAAAACAGAAUCUAAUUUUUUUUAACAAAUUGAAAUAUUCUACUUUAAAAACUAUUGAAAAUGUUUCAGUUUUCGAUUUUUUUCUGUUUGGUAUAUUCUUUAUAAUUUGUUUAGAUACUAUUUGUGAAUUUAUCAUUUGUAAAUAAAAUAAAAUACAACUAAUUUUACUUAUAUAUUAA